AUGACCCCGGCUGAACGUGAGAAGAUGGGGGCACGAGCAAGGAGGCAGUAUUUCGUAGACGUGAAGUUUUUCGCUUCAAAGAUGAAGGAGCUGCGGGAACUUGCGCGUGGAAUGGGGGUGACUCAGUUUCGGACUACAGACACUGCAUGA